CGUCAGCUGUCUUUCUCGCAUCGAAGUUCCGCCUCCCUACACCUGGGGAAGACGGCAUACGAUUUCACAGGCCCACCACCCAUGCACUUGCCUCUACGAUGGUGCCUGACCGAGGACCCACAGCUUUGACAGCGCAAGCGUAUCGCGUUGAACUUCUUUUUGCGACUUCUCUGGUUCUGCUAUUCACCAAUGUGUCAAUUGCCGCAGCUCGCCAUUGCUCGUUUGAAGAUGGGAUAUGUCCAGACUGGGUAUCUACCAAUUGCAGCAAACAGGCCUGCUUUCAGGCACGCAGGGUUGCCGAGAUGAAGCACGGACCUACCCAAGACCACACACUCAAGACAGGGGACGGCUGGUGCGCUUAUGCGACGACAGAGCAACCAGCAGGCGGCCUCUCUGUUGCCCAACUUUCGAGCCUCGCGGAAGGGCCUUUUUGCUUCACUGGGUGGUACCACCAGUCAGGCACGCAGGACGACCAAGUGAAGUUCUACGCUGGCCGUGCACCUGGCAUGAGCAAGUUGUUCUACGCCACUCAGCGAGACAUGGCCGGCAGGUGGCAGCGGGUGCGAUACUCUGAGAAGCGCACUGGACAAAUUGAGAUAAUGAUUCGCCUGCACGUUCCACGUUCCCCCGAGAGAGGCGUCUUCGCGUUGGACGACUUAAAUGUGGAAAGCCAGGAAUGUGCACCUGAGCGCCCGAGCGGUUCCUGCGACUUCGACUGGGAUGAAACGUGUGGAUAUAGCCUGGGAAACGGCAGCGAAAUGUGGCAGUAUGCAGGCGUGCAUCGACAGCCCUUUCACGGAGUAGACUAUUCAACAAACACAGACAGCGGUGGCCUGGUAUAUAUACACGCGAAGAGUAACUACACACGGGCUGUGCUGACGUCACCAACAAUCCCUGGCCGGAAGAGUCCACACAGCCUUCAGUUCUACUAUUACAUUGACCAUAACAGUCAACCCCAACAGUACCUCCUUAGUGCGACAGUGGAAGGCGCAAGUAUUCGGAAUGUCUGGAUGAGGUCUUCGAGCGAGCUAAGCAGAGGAUCUUGGACCGCGGCACACGUGACAUUUCAGGAGGAACAAAGCUUUAAGAUCAAGUUCAAAUGCACCAUCAGAGGAAAGAAGUUCCCCCACUCCCUCUGUGCCAUCGAUGCUAUUUGGGUUCGAGGCUGCAAUAAUAACAGAGCCACGGAGAACUUGUGUAACUUUGAAAAUGGCUGGUGCACUUGGAGGAACCGCGUGGCUUAUCUCAACAAUUCACCGUGGAUACUCGGCGGUGGGACAACGAAGACAACACUGCCGAGACCACCCCAAGACCACACCUUCGGGAACGCCACAGGAUCCUAUUUGUUCUUCAGCAACUUCGAGCAGAACAAAGGCAAUAAGGCAGAACUCAUCAGCGAGAUCCUCACCUGGAGCCGCAAGAUAACGCAAUGCGCAGAGUUUUGGUACAUCAUCUCUGAAGAUCCGGAGAUGAACCUUGAGGUGCAAACUAUUGGCACGUCCGACCACUAUGAAAGGGGCGUUCCUCUGUGGGCACAGAAAGGCGGAAGGUCACUGGCAUGGCAGCAAGGUCGCAUCGCUGUGCCUCAUAACAGAAGGGUCAUUUUUGUGGGUACUGCCGGCGCUGCCUCCAGGCCAGGCUACAUCGCACUCGACGAUAUUUCUAUCGUGCACGAUGACCGCUGUGAAACGCUACCCCAAGACGGUGAAGCCUUGCCUGCAACGGACCUGCUGAGCUGCUCUUUGGCGGGAUGGAACUUCUGCCAUUGGUCGUCGACAGCGGUCUUGUCGAAAACAUGGCAUUUCGGGCUCCACCCUUAUUCCAGCCUGGCGCCUGCGACAGCUCCGGAAAAUCCUAAAGGCAACAUCGCAUACCUGGAAGGAACAAAUCUGAACAGCAACCAGGGAUCAGUGCAGCUUUACUCCACUAUGGUGGGACCCCAGUCGGAAGUAGCGUGUUUCUCGGUCUGGUACCACAUGUUCGGUGGACAGGGCGCCGUGCUGAGGCUGAAUGUCGUCAAGUCGCCAGCCUCGAGCGGGGUUCGCACCUCUUCACCGCUGUUCUUUCAGCGGGGUCGCACUACAGCAGAUAUUUGGUACAACGUGCGCAGGACGGUGAGCCUCGACAGCGUCCACAACAAGCUUGUCUUCGUCGUAUCCAGCGAAAAGUCAAUGAACAGGGAAACUGGGCUGGCUCUGGGACCUAUGAAUUUUACCUCUGGAAGAUGCGACGUGCUUACGGACGGGCGGGGUUACUGCGAUUUUGAGUUUGACACUUGUGACUGGGUGGUUGACAGCGGAUGGUGGCGGGAACAAAAAUCAAGCGCACAUAUUGCAUUGGACCCAAUUUCUGGACCUGUCAACUCCGUCUUCGUCCUCACUGCGACACAGCGCACGGCGUCGCCCGCGCGCGCCACUGUCACCAGUCCAGAAUGGCCAGGCCAAAAGGAGCCUCAGUGCCUCGAGUUUUGGUAUUUGCCGGCCGGAAAGAACGCCGCUCGCUUACAGGUCGAAGUCGUGGUCAACGGAAAGAGUGAAGUUGUUUGGCAGCAGCCCCCCUACACGAGAAGUGAGUGGAUGCUAGCGCGGUCACAAAUCCUACAGGAAAAGAAAUUCAAGGUGGCAUUCCGCGCAAAAUUCUCGGAAAGCCUAACAGAACCGAUCAGCCUGGACGACAUCAUUCUACGGCCUGAGCCAUGCGUCCAUCCUGUCCAGUGCGACUUCUUCGAUGGCCUCUGCGGUUACAUCAACAAAUUCCAAGGGGACUUUCGCUGGCUUGUAGGAACGGGUCGGUAUGUGGCUCCUCGCAUGCAGCCAGCCGUGCCACGAGAAACAGAUUCCCCUCCAUUCGCUUACCUGGACCUGACCACGGGCACAUCGGACGUUACCGCAGAGGUCGCAGACAGCACCUCAGCGACCGCCAAGGCUGUAGGGCUUCUCAGCCCUCUAUUCGACGCCCCUGACGAUGGAACUCAGCUGUCUGUCCAGUACUACAGAAAUGGGCCGGAUAUAACAGCGGCCAAUCUCUCCAUCUCCUGCUAUGGAAACGUGUACGACGCGGUGAAUAUCACGGCCCCGUCCUACGUCGAACUGGUCCAGGUAUCCCAAUGGACCACUCUGAACGUGACACUCAAACGGGGCACCCACUGCCAACUCUCAGUGUGGGUGACUCGCGGUGAGGGUACCAAUGGUACGAUGGCGAUUGCAUCCGUGCAAGCCACGCGCACAGAGCCAGCUGCCGCACCGAAAGGGAACUCUGAUACUCCCUAUCGGUGCACAUUCGAAGAUGGAACUAUGUGUGGGUGGAGGCCGGGAAACUUCUCCCUUAAAUGGGCUUUAAAUGAUCCAAGCAAGAAGAGUCCAGACUUUCCGCGGUUUGACCACACCCUCAAGGCUUACAGAGGCCGCUUUGCAUUUGCCACAAACAACGAGGACCACGAACCGCAGCAUGCGAUUCUCAUCAGUCCUGAUUUGGAUGUCAAUGCAACCAGCGGAGCUUGCCUCAGCUUAUGGGUGUUUACCGUCCACGCACAACACGUAAAUCUCGACAUACGGUGUGGAGGCGAUCAGCUGUUUGGAACAGUCACUCACCCCAGCCACAGAUGGGAUCACGUAAUCGUCGACUUCAAGAGGCCUGAGAGUAAAUUCAAGCUUUGGAUAUCAUUUUACAUGGAGCCUGGCCUAGUUGCUCUCGAUGAUAUACAAAUAGAUUCGGGACCAUGCCUGCCAAGAGAUUUUUGUUCCUGGGAAGUGGGAUCUCCGUGCCUAAUAAUCGCAGCUCCGGACAGCUUCGACGCCUGGAAAAUUCGGCGCGCCGCGGAUAUUCGCUUUGCAGACCAUACCAUCAAGAAUUUGACAGGUCGAUACUUGUACCUAAACACAACUGCAGUGGUCUCGCACCACCCUGUGUCCCGAGUGUUCAUGCAGAGACGUCCACCCACUGCGGCCACUUGCGUCACCUUCUGGUGGAGCGGCCACGGCGCUCCUGGCCGGCUUAAUGUGUAUAGAUUCACGACGGAGACAGCGCUAAGAGAUCCGCUGGUUUCUGUGUACUCCCACUCGCAAGACGGCCAGUGGCUAGCACGCACCGUGACCAUCACCUCAAGCAGAGAAUGGAACCUUGUCUUUGAAGGUGUGGCCGUUGCGGCAACAAAAACAGGGUCCGGUAUUAUGGUUGACGACGUUGAGUUUACCGACGGCGAAUGUCCACCGUACGAAUUAUGCUCAUUCGAGGAUGAGUGUCUACCUUGGAGGAUUCCGAGAAAGGAGGCUGCGUUUGAAGUGGAGCGAGCGGGAUCCUUCGAUAAGCUGCCCCAAGACCACACGAUGCAAACCGAAGAAGGUCACUACCUUCUCUUCAAAAGCCCUGGCACCAAGGGAAACAGGACAUCUCUAAUAUUGCGGGAGCCGAUGCGAUAUUAGUGCAUCACCU